GAGAGAAUCACCAGUACGCCAAACACAAACAGUACGGUGACCUUUAGAUCUACCCAAGGAGCUUAAUGAAAACAAAUUGCUUUAACCUCCCUGGAUCUACCGUAAACGUUUUCCAUACAAACAUACUUUACUGGCUGGUCCAAAAAAUCUGGAUCGUCAGCAGGAAUUAGCCGUGUUAAGCAGCUAGCAGAAAGAGGUGGAUGAGGAGAAAGAAGGGGAGGGGGAGGGGUGGAAGGGGGUUAGAGGAGAAGGAGGGUUUACUACUGACCUGUUUCACAACUUGAUUAUAGGCAAAGUGUACAUGUCAGCAGAUAGUUGCGAGUAAACAUCUUGUUAUUUCACUUCACUGAGCGUUCUAAAACUACGUCAUUCAAAAACAAAAUGAAGUAAUCUAAUUUUGAAACAGACUUUCGCCAUGACCUUACUGAUGUAAACUCCUGAUUACUGGACGUAAUUUUCAAUUCCCCUGGUGAACCCGGAGACGUUUAGACAUUUUGCUUAUUAUGCUAAAAUUUCAUAAUGUUUCAGAAAACAGACCCCGUUUCUUUUGGAGGAAAGUUCCACGUUAAAAAGAGCGUCCGUGAACCCAGUUUCUUAUCAUCGCUCCAGGGGGCAAGAUUCCCCAUCUCUGUCUCUGGCACAAACAUCCUAUUUCUCUCCAUUAUUAUGGAAAAGUGUUUACGUAGGCUAUAACAACAUUAACACGGAGCUCAGUGGAAAGUGCAGCUUCAUCUCUUUUCAGAGCUUUAUUUUUUCAAUUAAGUUUUGCUUUUGCUCCCCGCUCCUCCUUCAUAAAAGCCAGCGUGCCUGUGUCUAGCACCGCAACGUCUUGGUGAGCUGUGACUUUGCGCGUGAGCUUUCACCAAACUACCGGAUCUGUGAGAAGUAGAUCAGGGAGGGACUUUGUGCAUUUCACCAAACUACCGGACUUGUGAGAGGCUACAGCAGGACUUCUAGGAAAAGUCGCGCGGAGAUCUUUGGCACCCAAAUACCACGCUGUGUCCUGACAAUGGCCCUCAACAUGAUGUCUAGUUAUGUGCUUUUGGCAGCAGCGGUGCUGCUGUCUUCCCAGGCACUGGUACUCAAUGUAACAACAGACCAAGUGGAAGUAGGGAAAACAAGAAAUGUUUCCCUAGAAUGUCUCGACAACUUCCCCCAGCCAGAUAAUUCUGAGGUUGUAAUGAUAAGAGUGCUGAAAAAAGACCAUGCUGGGUGGAACAGUUUUGCAGAGAUCCGCGAUGACGACACGGAAGUACGGCCAAAACGUAAGGGUGUGCUCGCUGUGGCCAACAAGACCCUCACUGUAAACAGCUUUCUGCGGAUCACGUGGCCCGUGGCGACUGACGAUACCAUAGGCACAUUCCGGUGUGACGUAAUUAGCCUGACGUCCUGGGAGGGUGUCAACUGGCAAAAAAGCCUACCCACGUUCGUCUCCCGUAAGAGUGACGUCACACUGCAGAUCCUUAGCAGCAUUGUGGAGGAGAACAAGAACGAUUACCUCCAGCGACUGCGAUCUCAGAGGGAAACCAUUCUGGAGCACGUGACAACCACGGCGGAAGAAGGCAAGAGACAGUGUGUGCAGCAAAAAGAGAACCUUCUACAAAACGUCACCGCGACCGUCGAGUCUCUGCGAGAGAGUUUUGAGAGCAAGUGGAAGAGCCAGCUACAGGUCCUGAGCCACACAGUAGACCAGAACAAGAGAGAGUGUCCACAUCAGAUGCUGUCCCAGAAACGCCAGAUUCUGGAAAAUGUGGAGACGAUCAUGGAGCAGAACAAACUAGCGUCUGUACAACUGGAAGAACGCAUUCUUGGCAACGUCACAGCGACUUUUGAACAAAAUAGACGGGAGUUUGUACAACUGGAAGAACGCAUUAUUGGCAACGUCACAGCGGUCGUCGAUCAGACAAAACGAGAGUUUGUACAACAGACAGAAGACAUUCUCAGAAACGUCACAGCGACUUUUGAUCAAAAUGAAAUGAAGUUUGUACAACUGGAAGAACGCAUUCUCGGUAACGUCACGGCGAUGAUUGAGGCUCUAGAAGCAGGUUUUGAGCGCAAGCUGAGUGCUACAAAGACCCAGUUGCAGCCCAAUACGUGUGCUGACGUCACGAUUCAAGCCCCCCGGCCAGUGGUCACCCUUUCUAACGGCAUGCAAGUCGUCUGUGACACUGAGACAGACAACGGAGGCUGGAUCGUGGUCCAGAGGCGUACCUCGGCCGACGUGGACUUUUUCCGGGGCUGGGUGGACUACAAAAAAGGGUUCGGAGAUCUGUCUGGAAACUUCUGGUUUGGGCUGGAGAAAAUCCACCAGCUGACAAAUAAGGAGAGGUACGAGCUGCGGGUUGACUUUACGUACCAGGGGACAAACUACUACGCCAUUUACAAAAACUUUUUGUUGCUUGGAGAAUCCGAGAAUUACAAAAUUAAGAUCUCCGGAUAUUCAGGAGGUAAUGCAGGUAACCAAAUGAGUUAUGAGAAUGGCCAGGCAUUCACAACAAAG